AUUGCAAAAGAAACUCCACUCUCGACAUCUCCAUAAAUCCUGCAGACGAUAACCGCAUUAUCGUGAGAAAAUCUGACAUCGGUUCUGACGCAAAGCCGAUAUCCGAAAGCCGACUUACAACAUUCGAUUUUCCCACUCUUUGUCGAUAAUAUGAUAAGCUCGAAGCCGCUCCGGGAAGAAGUUCGAGGAAAGUAUGCUCCUAACAGCUUCUGCCGACUUCAUUCGACUACUGCCAAGAUGGAUACUGAAAAAGGCACCUACCCCGAACGACAAGGCCUCCCAAGCCAAGAUGGGCACGAUACCGACCACUCGAGCGAGGACCAUGCCGCGGAGACAGCCCCGAAAGUAGAGGGGCAGACUUACGAUGAUAGAACGGCUUGGAUUACGGUCGCUGCAUCGUCACUGACCAUGUUCGUCUAUCUCGGUGUCAUCUACUCCUGGGGCAUCAUGCAAGUCAAGCUGGUCGAGACCACGGGUUCAAAUCUGACCACUUUGACAUUUGUCGGCUCAUUGGCGACCUCGUUCAUGAUCUGUUUCAGUAUUGUCUCCGACAAAAUCAUAAGCAGGAUAGGAUACCGGCUGGCUGCAUUGAUUGGAGGCGUCUUCAUGGGUUUGGGCGAAGUUCUUGCAGGCUUUACAACUCACCAUGUUGUAGCCUUGUUCUUUCUACAUGGUCUUGUAUUUGGUCUAGGUGGUGGAUUGUGUAUCUUUUCUGUCUCGACUGCUCCGAUGGGUCUAUUCAAGAAACAUAAAGCACUGGCCAUGGGGUUUGUUUUCGGAGGUGGCAGCUUGGGUUCUGCCAUCAUGAGUGUCGUGACCAACUAUCUUGUCAAGGACUUGGGUGUUUCCUGGACAUUCCGCAUUCUUGGUUUCAUUCUCUGGGGUGUCUCCAUCCCUGCGUCCUAUUUCCUGCCAAGACGAUUAAGUUCGGGGAAGAAGGCCUCUCGUCAACUACAAUGGUACCGCUUCAAGGAACCUCGCUUCCUCCUGCUCGUUGGCGGCACGAUACUUUCCUGCUUCCCACUCUUCAUUCCUCCUUACUUCAUUCCGAUCUUUUCGAGAUCGAUGGGCUACACCAAAGAGAUCGGUAUUAUCAUCCUAGCCUGCUGGAACUUGGCUUCGACGUUAGGCCGAGUCCUCGCCGGGUGGGUUGCCGAUACCCUUCUGGGACCAGUCGAGAGUCUAGCAAUCUGCAUGCUCUUCAUGGCCCUCAGCUCUCUCAUCGUGUGGCCCCUGUCAUCAUUAAUUGGCAUCUUCUCCCUCUAUCUCAUCUUCAACGGCAUCGGAUGCGGCGCAUUUUUCAGCCUCACACCCAUCGCCGUCAGUGCCACAUUUGGUGGAGAGAAUACACUCAGCAUCAUCCCUGUUGUCUGGACGACGUGGUUCUGCGGUUUCUUCUUCGGUACACCAAUUGCUUCUGGCCUUUACUCCAUCUCAGGCGAUGUUGAUGGGCUUGAAAGGUUCCGCCCCGCCGCUUACUAUGCCGGGGCAAUGGCGUUGGCUGGCUUCGCAUGUGUUUCGGGAAUAAGAUUUGCGCGCAAAAUAGAGACUCCAGAGAAGUCUUGAGCCGGGACUCUUCGAACGAAUUUAUGACCAAAAGAGCAGCACGCACCAUAACGGCCAAUUGCUAACUUAGAAGUUGUCAUUUGAAACCAAGAUACCAGAUAGAUCAUAGAGAACGAAUGAGAAUACAGAGUGCCGAGAUCGCGGUCUACGAAUAACCAACCUCAACAUCAAGAAUCGAAUUUACCAUCCCUUACCUCAAACGUCAAAAGAGCAAGUUGUAUGCGGAUUAGAAAGUGGCUCUUGAGAACCAGCCUAUCUAGCACAUAUCAUUAAGCCAAUGAACGAACAGACCAGAUUCAUGAUUGCCCCGGUUGACUUCUUCGAGAGCC